UCACCGAUCCCCCCCACAAUGCCCAGUCACACACACACAGUCACACACACACACAGUCACACGCGCGCGCGCUCACACACCAUCCAUAUUCCUUUCCAGCUUCACUCCCCCUCCGGAGAUCCGUCCCAACGUUUUCUGACAACGUGCUAUUUACAUCAGCAGAGCUGGCCUAGCUGGUCAGCUGCGAUCACGCUCGCAAAGGUAGCACGGAGGAGACUCGCGUGGACGCACACACAGACGCACGCGCGCACGCGGAGAAGACUCGCUCAAAAAAAUAAGCGUGGAGCAAUAACACACCAAAAAAAGAGCCGCUGUCCAUAACGAUUGCUGAGAACGGGCUACAAACGCACUUGGAUCGCACUGAGCUCUCAUCCGUGAGUUACGCAGACGCGCGCGCGCGUACACACUCGGCAGAGUCGCUCGCGAAUAGCAGAGAGAAGAGCCACGAUCAACGCAGACGAAGGAGAGAGAGAGAUAUAACAAAAAUAAAGAAUCUCGCGCGUCUCUGGCUGGCGCGUUGAUGGCCGGCCGCUGCUGCUAACGCUUGGCUAUCUGGCCGCGCGCCGCAGAGAUCGAGCGAGCGAGGAUGUAACGCAACUCGAAGUGGCCAGCGACGCGCGCCGCACACUGAUGCCCCGCUGAAGCGGAACCGCACGCGCGCAACAGUCGGUGGUGAUGUUGUCGCCGCCGCCGCUGCUGCAACAUCUCGCUCAACGAUGCUGGCAGCAACAGCGGCGAGACAAUCAAGAGGAGCAGCAGCAGCAGCAGGUCGCAGCAGUCCCGCGCCGCCAGCAUGAACGCCAGGAGCCACUUUCGCGCAUCUCUCGCCGUGUUCCUCAACUUCGUUGCGUUGCUGUUCUCCUCUACGGCCUUCGUGACCACCUACUGGUGCGAGGGCACGCAGAGGGUGCCCAAGCCGCCGUGCGGUCCCAAGACGCGGCCCGGCCCGCAGACGGCGGCGGCGGCCUGCCUGCGGGCGAACAGCAGCGGCGGUGUCGCUGCUGAUGGGAGCCGCAGCGGCGGCGGAGCCGUGUACAGCUGGGAGACCGGGGAUGACAAGUUCGUGCUGCGCUACUUCCACACCGGACUCUGGUACUCGUGCGAGCAGAACAUCACCGGCACGGGCGAAAAGUGUCGGAGCUUUAUAGAUUUGGCUCCAGCAUCAGAGAAAGGAGUCCUCCUUCUGUCGAUGGUGUCAGAAUCGCUGUACCUGAUCCUGCUCACUGUGGGAUUUGCUCUCAUGUGCCUGGAACGCUGUCGAUCUACCAACAUCAUCGAGGGGCUUAAGCUCAACGCCUUCGCAGCGGUCUUCACGGUCCUGUCAGGUCUGCUGGGGAUGGUGGCCCACAUGAUGUAUACCACAGUGUUCCAGGUGACAGCCAGUUUGGGUCCCGAGGACUGGAGGCCACACCACUGGGAUUACGGCUGGUCGUUUUGCUUGGCGUGGGGCUCCUUCACGUGCUGCAUGGCGGCCUCGGUGACCACCCUCAACUCGUACACCAAGACGGUGCUGGAGUUCCGCUGCCGGAGGCGGCUGCUGUUGGUGCGUGACCCCGAGACGCAGCAGAGCCUGCUGCAGGAGGAGGCGCCCUCGGUCAUCUCCCUGUCGGACGCUGUGGAGGGCGGCGCUUGCGGCAUCUCCUUGCCAACCUCCUCUGCUGCCAACCCCCAAAGCCGCAGGAUAUCCGCUCCGACUGCCUUCAUCGACCUCAACAGAGUGCCCGAGGUCAUGCAGGAGGAGCAGUGCUGAAGACCGCGCCGUUCUUCUUGGACGGGAUGCAUCGCGUGCGCUCUCUUGGGCUCUUGGCACAGACGAGAGGAUGUGUUCCCGGGUGGCAGCUUUCGCAAAGAAAGCAGCACGGACGACUCCACAAGUUGGGGCGCGUCACGUUUGUUUGAAAUCACCAAGUUGGGCGUCGAUGUGCCUCGCUCCGGUGCAGACUGAAUACUGAGCACUCGCCUGUCCCCUUCGCAGUGAAGCAUCAGUUUAGGUUGUGCCUUCGUUUCGAUCGGAGAUUUUUCCCUCCCCGGUGCGGCCUGCCUCAUUAAGUCAGCCCCGUUAGCCUGACCCCUGCUGAAUGCCAAACAAUAAGCGUGCGUCACUGAGCACAGGUGUGGAUCCAAAGGAGGGAGAUUACAGCAAUUAAUCAUGGUCCUAAAGACCCCCACACCCAGAUUUCCUUGACAAGACGGGGAAUAUAAGCCGUAUUGAUUCUGUCCAAGGAUUUCUUCAUUUCUGCAGCAUCGAGGGUGCUCCGAAAUAACGCGGGGCUUCAUGGGUGCUAAGGACAUGUCUCAGUGGAGCAUUCAGAAAUAUUCUCUCUUUUGUGCAUGGUGACGUCAAUAAAUUAACCUCCUAACACGUGUCACCAUUGCUGAUUCCCUGGGCCCAUUGCUACGCAAGUGAUGCACCACGGAGUGCCGGACUGAGAAAACAAUUCAAAAGUAAGGCAAGGCCUGGCAAUGUGUCGAAUAUCACCAACAGGAGAACACCCCCUGCUGUUUGUGUGUUGAUGGACGAAAGGUCCGACUUGUAUGGCACGCUUUUUUUCGUCGUUUAAUUUCCAAAGACAAUUUCCCUUUUAGGAAUGUUAAAUUGAUAAAAGUACGACGAACGAAAACAACAACAACAACAACAACGAAUCUGUGAGUGACCAAGACGGAAAAGGCAUUGUGCCUUGGGUGGAAAAUCUAUUUGUGCGUAGACAAACCCGAUCGGUGCAACUAACCUUAUCGUUUGAUCCCGAAUUACGCAAACUCGUAAAUAGAAAUGGCUCCGAAGUGCUUGGGCUACAGGCAGCCAGCCGUGCAUGUAAAAGGCAAUUUUAAAACCUGUUUUAUUUUUGAUGCUAUGGAAUUAGUGUGGCUUUUUGUAAUCAGUAUUGUAUAAAGCUAUACAACUUACGGUCAAAACUGGAAUUUAUAAUGUAGCUGUUAAGCAAAUGUCCAUUUAAUUGUUGUACAUUUUUUUUUCUUCAUAAGGGGAUCAUAGAUAAACGUAGUUUAUUUUAUACUAUGCCGGCUAUUAUUGGCACAUUUCAUAUGAGUGUGAUUACAUUUGGUUUGCAAUAGUUCUUUCUUAAAGUACUGUUCACUGUGAAGUAGACAGAUUUGUUUUUGUCUUGAUUAAUCGAUGAAACAAUUACAUUCAUGCCUUUGGAUCGACA